CACUUAUUUACAACUUUUUUUCAAUUAAACUUGUUUAAAACUUCCAAAUGGCAUCGUCAAAAAAAUUCAACAUCCUUUGCCUUCAUGGCUAUCGACAGAAUGGAGAUACUUUUAAAAAUAAAAUUGGAUCCUUCCGUAAAAUUCUUAAACCAUACGCAGAAUUUUCAUUCAUUGAUGCACCACAUCUUGCUAAGAAGAUCCUUUCAGAAGAUGAAAUUGGCGAGGAGUUCAGGAGCUGGUGGUUUAAUCAGGAAGAUGGAAACUUUACCACUGAAAUGGGACCGAUAGACACAGGAUUUGAUGAUAGUUUGAAACUUGUUGAAGAGACUUGGAAGAAUGGAAAUUAUGAUGGAAUUUUAGCAUUUAGUCAGGGAGCUAGUUUUUUAUCAGCAGUUUGUGGGAUGAGGAUGCAGAAUUUGACAUUGAUUAAUCCAAAAUUUGUAAUUCUCGCAUGCGGCUUUCAUUCUGUAAGUUCAAGCCACACAAAAUUCUAUAAAGCAAAAAUAGACAUCCCAUCAAUGCACAUUGGAGGAGCAACAGACAAAGUUAUUCCCCAUGUGAUGCAUUUAGAACUCGAAGAGGCAUUUUUGAAUCCAUUUGUGUAUCAUCACGAAGGUGGACAUUUAAUUCCAGCCUCUUCAAAAGAUAGAAAUGCUUAUAGAAAUUUUUUUGAUGAUCUUGAAAUAAAAAAAAACUGAAUAAUAGAUUAUUGAUAUUUUUAAAGCAAUAGAAGUAUGAAUCAAAUGGAUUUUCGGGUUUGAAAUAUUGCAGACAGAU